AUGACCGUUUCUGUCUUCAUUGUUCAACUCCUGAGGUCAGACGUGGAAGGAGUCACAGACACUGGCCCCUGGCUGUGCCAGCCAGCACCGAGGUGUGGGGACCAGCCCUACAACCCCUUGGAGCAGUGCUGUCACAAUGACACCAUCCUGCCCCUGAAUGCGACCCAGCUGUGUGUCCCCAACUGCAUCUUCUAUCCCUGCUUCCAGCACUGCUGCCUGGAAUCCCUGGGCUCUCAGAACCAGGCAGUUGUGACAUUCAAGGUCCCAGGCAUGAAGCCUGACUGCAGGUCCUCCCCCAUCUCCAGGAUUUGUGCCCAGGAACACCCCCCGACCGGCCCUCAGCCAGAUCUGACUUCAUCUGGACCAUCCUGGGGAGUGGAAUCUGGUAUCUGGGCCAAUGAGGAUGAGGGUGGAAGAAUUUCCAAUGUUGCUGAGAACCGGACAAGACUUCAGAUCAAG